GAUUGGAGUGGCAACGCUGCAGGAAAUACCGAAAUUGUUUAGUUUUUAUUUUGACAACAAAUUGGAUAAAAUGAGUGGCUCAAAGGCGAAAAAGUCCAGCAAGGGCGAUCUCAUCCCAAAGCCCAUUAGCAUUAAGAAGGAGAAGAUCGAGGAGGACCGGAAACUGCACCCUAUUUCCCACUACAUAGACGACCGUCUGGAGCUGGUGAAACAGAUUUUUGGGACCUUAAAACCGAAAACUAUCAUGAACCUGGCUCCAGAGUUUCUUAAGAAAACACCCCUGGACGAAAUCGAAGAACUUUGUCUGGAGGAGCUACUCUGCUUGUCUACGAAGCGCCUCAAAUCCAUAAUAGAAAACACAAAAUGUCCCACAGACACAGAAAGCUCCGAAGAUUCCGAUGUAGAGCACAAAGAGGAACACAUCUCGCUAGAGGAGAUUUCUUCCGACAGCGACAUAGGUCAGGAAUCCCGAAAAACGAAGAAGAAGCUUAGAUCCAAAAAAACGAGCAAUGGGAAUGAAAACAAAGAGUCCGGCGGUCAGAUGAGCGUGCUGGAACUGUUGGAACUUCAGGCGCGUGCCAGGGCCAUCCGCUCCCAGCUGGCAAUGGAGCCAAUCACCAAAAUAGAGGUCAAGUCGGAUGAUGACAAUGACGAGGUAUCACCGGAAAAAGUUCAGCGAAAAGAAAAGGAAAAGCGCAAUACUAAAAAUACCGAUUCGGGCAAGCGGAAAUCGCAGGCAACAUCUCUUUCCCAGCCAGAUAGCAUCAGCAAGGAGCAGCCAGCUUCCCGGAAAAGAAUCAAGAUUAAGAGAAACUAUCGGCUGACUUCAAAAUCGCCAGAGAAGGAAGCUGCACCUCCAACAUCUGCUCCUGCUCCCGAAACAUUGGUUUCAUGUAACGAUUUGAACAAACUGCCACCUUCCGAUUCACGUUCGGCCUCACCAGAUGUGAUAACCAUACAAACGGAGCCUGAAACACUGCUGAUCAGCGAUAGCACGGAUGAUGAGGCCACGAAAAAGAAGGCAAUUGAAACCAUUAAGCAAGUCGAAGAGGUCCCACCAGCGCCAGUCGUUGAUAGCGAGCCAGAGGAAGGAGAAGUGCGCGAUGAACCCGAAGAGCCAGCCAAGGUAGAUGAGCCAGCCCAUCCAGAAGAGCCUACCGAGUCAGAAGCAGCCGCUAUACCGAAAGAACUGGAAAGUAGUAAACCAGAAGAAUCGGAUAAAUCUGAUACGGUAGAUAAAUCAAGUGAUAAGGAACAGCCCUCGGAAGAAGCUCCCUCAGUUAAUCCCCCUGCAGAGCCAAAGAAGCCGAUUGCAUCCGAACCAACUGCCAUUGACGACGAAGAUCAAAACGACGAUGUUAUUUCAAUAGGUGGUGAUCUAGAAAUGAUGGACGAAAUGACGAAGGAUGACGAUUCACCUAUAGUGAGCAUCAAAAGUGAGAAGAAGGAGAAAAUGCAGGAUCCCGAGGACCUGGACAACGAUGUCAUAUCCCUGGACACAAGUGAGGACGAACGCGACAAACUACAGCCGCCAGACUCUGAGUCCUGGCGUUCACGGUACAUGAAGAGCUCCAAGGUCAGCCAAGUGCUGGCCGAAUCGCGCUUGGGAAAACGCGUCCGCGACAAACUCAAGAAAUCAAAACGCAGCAAAGUCACCGCCAGCGAGGAGCAGGCCAAGGCCGAAAAGCCGGAUUCAUUUACUUCCAAGCAUGAGGACGGAUCCAUUGAGCAAUACCAGGAGCUUCUGCAGCACCGACAGCGUAAAACAUCAAGCAGCAGCAAAGGGGAUAAAUAAGUUUGCCCGCUAAGGACGGGAUUUAUUGAAAAGUCGCGUACUGACGCACGGCCCUAGUUUAUAUGGCAUAUAAAAAGUCAAAUAAAAAUCCGCUGUCCUCGGGGACGGUAGGAAACAAAAAAUUUGAA